AUGUCCGUUCUUCUCCUACUCCAUCCCACGAUUGUCACAGAUGAAGACACCGUGCUUGGGAUCAAAUCAAAGAUCACUUCUCAAUACCCGCAAGCCCCAGUCACACAACACAUUAUUGACCGAGUGGCCCGUGAGAACGUCGAGCUUGCACCUAACUCAUUUGCACAUAUAGUCUAUGUUAAUCCCAAUGAGGGUCAUCUAGCGCUUCCUGUUCUGGUCAUCUCGAAGUUGUUCAAUGCCCUUGCAGAGGAUGGUGACUUCACUGGUGACUUACCUCGCAAUCAGGAUCUUGACGCUUUGAUGAACGGUUUCAUUGUUAAGGCGCCAGGCCAUUGGGUAAAACCUGUCUCCCAAAAGACACUGGUCUUGUUGAGACCAAAGUCUCUGAAGGAAGGUCGCACGGCAAAAUUGCCCCUGUUCAAGAAGGCAGCUGCCGAAAAGGACACUGUUUCUUCUCCUGUGACUUUGACUGAUACAUCUGCCAACAACACUGAUCAGGAGGAUGAAGCAUCCAUGAAGAGACGCUUGGAAGAGAGUAAGCUUUCUUAUUUUAGUGAUGAUUCAGACGAUGAGCUUAUCGCUGAGGAUGAGUUAUUGGCAGAUGUUAAUGACUUGGAUAAAAUCAACAUAAUUGUUCCUAAGAAGUGUGAGUUGCCUGAUGGUAAAAAACGCCGGAAGGCUUGUAAGGAUUGCACUUGUGGCUUGAAAGAAAUUGAAGAAGCUGCUGAGGCUAAUAGCCGCAAUUUGCAAGAGACAAUUUUAGGCCAGAUGGUACAGCUGGCCACACUCGAGGCAAUUGAGAUCGAAGACCGCUUGAAGAAGUCUGCAGUGAAAUUCACAGAAGACGACUUGGCUGAGAUCGACUUCACUGUGGAGGGAAAGACCGGAGGAUGCGGGUCCUGUGCUUUGGGAGACGCUUUCCGUUGUGACGGAUGUCCAUACCUUGGUCUUCCUCCUUUCAGACCUGGUGAGGUGGUCAAUCUUGAUAGCUUUGGAGAAGAUAUUUAA